AUGCUUUCUUUUCCCGCUCAGCUACCGUCCGUGACAUGGGUGUGUCGCGAAAGCUUCUACAUAAACCGCACAAAAACAAGCGCACAAACGAGCGUUCUAGGCGUUAUGGUCUUUUUUUUAGAAUUGUUAAGGUCUGUUUACUUGACAGGAUUGCCGGCAUUGCUUUCGUCGCUACCCAUGUACAAUUACUCUUCUCGGUUUGGACUUAUACCUGGGAUCCCUAACUUGGGCUUACGGGGUCCCCUUUUCCUUCUCCUUGGUCUAUCUCUUUGGAAGGCAUCCUUGGACGCUAGAUGUCGACGGGCAGCGUAUGAGACGGGGCGGUAG